AGUGAUCAGCUGUUCAGGUGUAGCCUACGUAAAGUAGCUACAGGAAACACGCACGACACAAUAAUAAACAGACAUGAAUCGAUCUACACAUCUACAGCGUAAUCCCAGAGGGAGCCGGGCAUAUAGAGGAAAUGAAAUAAACCAAAACAGCAAUAUGACGAACAACGAGCAAAGGAAUGAAAAUUAUUGUGAGAAUAACUCACCUAACGUUAGUAACGUUACUUCAAACCCUCAGAAUCAGCCAACACAUGCGGAUGGAUACACCAAGAUACCACCAAAUGAAUCAAGACGGAGCGAACUGCAGAGGACUGCACAGGAAGGAGAGGAGAAACUGAGGAGACUGAAAGAGGAGAACCGCCCUGGUCCCAUUCAACUGGCCCCAGAGAAACUAGGUGGUGCAGAAUCACUGGCAGAAGUCAGACAAAGACAGCAGGAGGAUUUACGCCGGUCAAAGCUGAGAAAAAAGCUUCAAAAAGAGGAAAUGGAUCAAAAUAAGAGACAGGCAGAGGAGCAGAAGAAUGAGAGGAUGAAGGCCUUACAGCGAGAGAAGGCCAGAAAACUAGAGAUGAGUAAAAAGCAAGGUGACGAACAGAGACAGAAGCUGUACCAAGACGACAAACAAAUGAAAACAGAGGAGUUUCUUCAAAGAAUUGAGAGGUCAAGCAGUAGCGUUUCUAUGGCAGCAAGCAAUUCCAUGCCAGCAUCAUCCUGGACUAAAAAUCAUGAGUACAGGGAAGCCAGAAGAGAGGAGGAGAACGCUGACCUGCUUAAGAAGAAAGAGGAGCAGAGGAGAAAGGCAGAAGUUUUGGAGGAAAAACAAAAACAACAGGAGGAGGACAGGAAGAGACGGACUGAAGCUGACCAUCAGCGGGUGAACAUGGCUUUCCUAGACCAUCUGGAGGCGAGUAGUUCAGGUAUGGUUCCUGAAAGCACUAAUGUCUGGCUGGAUGAUGAUGAUGAUGACGAACUGCAGGAUACAGCCUUGUCCACAGUUCCCAACCCAUCACAGGUCCACACAGACUGUGAAGAGGAGGAUGAUUGUGGCCAUAUGUGGACCCUGAUGAAACUCCAGAAUAGGUUUCCAUACUAUGAGCGUGUUAUGCUGGAAGAUAUCGUCAAACAGUGCAAUGGCAAUUACCAGCAAGCAUACGAGCUGCUUGAUGUUUAAAUGAUCCUCAGUGAUAGAUUGAUCCUAAUGUUGGUUUGUGAGUUAAUAAUAAUUUUUGAGUGAACUGUCCUUUUACUUAAUGAAGGUGACAAUCUUAAACCAAACCAAAUCUAGUGUCCUUUGAAUUGAAACAAAAACGUAUUUUUUAGUUAUUUUUGCUCUGACAGUAAAUGGAUUGAUACUUAGUCAUAGAGAAAAUAAAUCGAAACAAUAAAUCAA